AUGAAGGAAACAACAGAGCGAGAUGAGCUCUUUCCCACGCCGCCGCCAUCAUUGGGCGCUGACGAAAACGACGAAGCAGCCAUGCAGUCCGAUAGCCCAUUGUUGGUUCAAGGAAAAGUCGAGCAGCCUGCAUUGAGAUCAGUCUACCUAUGUUACCUUUACAUGCUAGGAGCUGCUGUAUCUUUCUGGGUGAUGAAUGGUAGUGCCAAGGAACUCUCCCGAUCAUACGACAUGGCUGCAACAGAAAUAGGUCUGAUCCGCUCACUAAUGUCACUGCCCGCAUCUGUAAUACUACUCUGGUCAUCAAAUCUCUCAAUCCUUGGCCCCAAGACCAUAUGGCUUCACGGAGGGCUACGAGGAUUAUUCGCAUUCGGUGCUCUCGUAUGCACGUUCUUCACGGUUUCCAAACUAUCGAUGGGAGAUGCCAUAACGCUUAGCUUCACGUCGCCCGUCUUCUCUAUCUUUUUGGGAGCUCUGAUACUCAAGGAAGCUAUAAAACCCAUUGAUAUAUUGAUUACGCUGAUUAGUUUGACGGGUUGUACGUUGGUAGCGCAUCCUGAAGUCAUCUUCAAGCCGUUGCCGUCUGAAGGGGAAGAUAAUAGCUGGAGGCCGAUUGCUAUUGGUGUUGGAUUUCUUGGAGCGCUCUGUCAAUCCUUGUCUUUCAUCACAGUUCGCCAGGUGAUGCUCUUCGCAAAACCUCAUCCUAUGCAACUAUUAUUACAUUUAUCAGUAGCGUCCCUACCACUGGCUUUCAUAUUUAGUUUGAUUGAAGAGAAGCCUUGGGUAAUUCCAACGGCAUGGUUUGCUUACGUUCUGAUUGGAUUGGUUGGAAUUGGAGGAGUAUUCGGCCAGGUGAUGCUUGCUAUAGGGCUGGGUGGAGAUGCUCACGUUGCCGGCGCGAACAAUAUUAUGUACUUCCAAGUAGUUUUGGCGUACGUUGCAGACUUUCUAAUCUGGCAUUCUAUUCCCAAUAUCGACUCGAGUAUCGGUGCAAGUCUGGUAUUGUUGUGUGGUAUUAUUGGGUUUGUUAGCUCGAGAUGGAAACAACAGCCGACUGUGAGACAACCUGAUUUGGAAGAGGACUCGGAGGAAAUUGUUGAUCAUGUCGAUGAAGUGCGACGGUAA